UAGAAUGGCAUUUUGAGAGGUAAAAUCCCUGGCGCUUAUUUUCGUUUUGUCAAACAGCGGUGACGAUCCCUAUGUCAUCCAAUAAGAUUCCAGGAGGUCAGCGAGGUUAACCAAUCAGACUCACGUAGGUCGAAAGUGGAACCCAAUCAAGUUUAAGAAAAUGCGAGACACCGCCCGCGCGGCAAAUUUCUUCUGUUUUUUUUUAAAACUACAAGCUGUAGUUUUGCGCUUUUGUACAACGCUACGGGCAGUACUACAGCUAGGAAGUGGGAACCGAGCAGGGACAAAAAAGAUUAAUCUAUAACGAGGGAAUACUACGAGUCAGAAUAGUCUAUUUUUUCCCCCUAAGCCACAGUGAUGUGUAGAUACAAAUUUAUAUUUUAAAAUAAAUACAUUAUUUAGAAAAUUGUGAUAUAGACAGGAAAAAUAGUAAAGGCGGACUUUUUAGGGGGGAACAGUUUUACAUGUAUUGAACAAAAUAGGGUCAAGUAUUCCUUAAAAAAAGACUUAAUCUUGUAGUUGUAUUCGUUUUUUUUUUUUUAAACCCAAGCAAAUUAAAAAAAAGAAGAGAAAAGACACGACCUUCCUGUACUGUCUGUACAUUUAAUAGAUUUCUCUCAGUUAAGUUUGUGAAUUUAAAAGUAAAAUGGCCAUAUAUUGUCAGGAGAGACGAGUUCUCAUGGAAAUUGCUACUCCUCAGCCAAAAACUUCAGCUGGCAUAAGGAGGUCUUAUUUGGACGCGCUGAGUUACAGGGGGGCAUCCACACCCAACCUCAGAAACAACAGCAUGCCAUCUAACCAAGACCUUUAUUCUGAAAGCUCAGAUAGCAGCUUGUCUGAUGAUGGCUUUGAAUCCUCCCUGCAUAUAGGUGAUCAUUCUGAAAGAAGGCAAAGGCUGGCUUUCUAUUUCCCUGCCUCUGAAUUCCAAGUUAACUCCAGCUAUAUUACUGAACCCUCUUUGAAGAAACAAAGGAUUAGCAACAAGGAAGAAGUGGGGCUGCAGUUUCAAUUGGAGUCUCUCUCCCAGCAGAAGCAGCUUGUGGAAGUAGUCAACUCCCUGGUGAUACUGGAAGAGCAGGAGCAAAAGACUCUUCCAUUCCCAAACCUGAAGCCAUUGCAAGAGGAAUUGCAGCUGAAAAAGGCAAAUGUAUACAGAUCCAUCCCUUAUACUCGGCUGGGUUCAAACAGAGAUGCUCAUUGUUACAGAAAGGCAUGUCCUCAACUGUUGGCAUUCAAGAAAACUUGCAUUGGAAGGGGUCAACUGCUGUUGCAGUGUAAUCUGUGGGAAUCAGCGCUGGAGUUUGUGCUGAAUGCCUGGAGGUUCACAAGUGAGCUUCCCCAGUGGGAGACCAGCAGCCACAACAGAUGUAAAGAGCAGUGCUUCAGUGCAUUAGCAGCCCAGUGUACAACAGCCUUGCAACAAAGUUCAAUUGGAAUGAAGAGGGCUAUUGAACUAAAGAGAAGGUUAAAAAUUGCAAGAACUCACAGUAAGCUGAUCAUCCCCUGCAUUCAAGAACUGGACAGCAUUAUUGAAAACCUCCAGUGCCGCACUGCAGAAACAUAAUCUGUGCUUUACUGACAGACUCUAAACACGAGAGCUUUUACUGGAGAAUCAGAAGUUUUGUUUUUUUUUGGAACUGAAGAGAGAAAAAAGGACCAACAUACAAAUUAAGACAACUAGCACAUCGAGCUGGAGAAAAAAACAUUUAACAGAUUGUGGUGAAAAGCAAGGAGCAAGCUGUACAAAUAAUUUACCUUGCAUGGGUCAUAUGAGAUUUGGUUCAUAGUCAUAUGUAGAUUUCAUAAGUCAAUUUAUACCAAAAUAACUUAAGAAACUACAUAAUUGAGUCAGUAGAUUUAUUUAAUUAUUUAUUUUUGUACUGGUACAAAGACAUUUAUUUGCACAUCCUAAUGGAAACACAUUUUAAAAUUAGUUUGUCUAGAGAGCAGAAGACUAUAAUAGAGUAACCCACUGUUUAUGAUUGCAAGCUUUAGUUCUAUAGUCUGAGUGGAGCAAUUUAUUAACGGUCUUCCUGGCAAGGAUUGUUUUUAUAUAAAUACUGCUGUCCCAGACUGCUGUUAAUAUAUUAAUUUUCUUGUGUAGAUGUGAUCUAUGCAUUCAAACAACAGUUAAGUCUCUUCGUACAGAAUGAAACGCUUUGAGGUUUGGCUUGUCUGUGUUGGACAGUGAUGUUGUAGGUGGUUAUCUAAUCUUAACUUUCAUCGAUAUUUUCUAUGGCUAACUCAUUUGAAUUUUUUUUUGUCUUGCGGAUAUACAUCCUAGUACCAAUUUAUCUAUUGGCCCAUUGUCUUGUGUGUACUUAUCUUUCUUGGCACUACAUACAGGUCUGCAGUGUUGAAUGCCACUUUUUCAAAAUGGCAGGUUAUUUGAGAAUAUAUUUUGUACACUGUAAAAAUGGACAGAUCUGCCAUACUAUAUCAAUGGAAACUUCAAAAAUAAGUGCCGAUGUUAGUGUUCCGUUUUUAGUUUAUUUGAACUUGUGUGUCUUGGUUUGGAUCUUUUUUCCAGUGCCAGUUAAGUGUUAUGGCUACCUGGCUUCCUAUAUGACGUUGGACCUGAACCAAGUACAACUACACAAGGUUUCUUCCUAAUCAAACAAGAGUGGUUUACAGUUUAAAAAAAAAAAAACACUUGAAAACCUUAAUGUAGAUAUUUUGUAAAUUGCAAUCCCCUUUCAAAGAUUUCCUUGCAAGAUUGCACAUUGUUUCUGAGAAACUUGAACUUUGAAUUACUAUGUGUGUGUGUGUGUGUAUGUAUGUAUGUAUGUAUGUGUGUAUGUGUGUGUGUGUGU